CAACAGCUGACUAGUGUUAUGCAAACGGUUGUCAAUUUUGACAAUGCUUUUUUAAUACAAGUAUUAGGAAUUAUUUUUUCGUAAAUUUAACUGAAAAUUAAUAAAUUAAACAUAAUGUCAUUAUUAAAAGCAUUCUCAAGAUUAACACUUCAAACAACAGCGGUGCUGAGACAACCCAAUGCCUGGCUGCACUCCACACCGGUCUUAUGUGCCGAACCUUUGAAGAAAAAGAAGAAAUUGGAUCCACAAAUUGUUAAACAACGUGAAGACAGACGUAAAAAGAAAUUGGAAAAACAAAUUAGACGUUUGGAAAAGAAUGCCAGACAAUUGAAACCGGUCGAAGAACUUGAAGUGCCGUUGGAUUUGAUAGAUGAACAAAAACAGCGUGCGCGCAAAUUGGCACCCCUAACAGAACCCGAACUUGAACAUAGAGCCCAUUUAAAUAAACAAUGGGCCCGUUACAAACACGAGCAGAAAUUACAAGAUUUUCAAAUUAUUGACCGUUUAAUGCAAUCACAACGCAAAGCAUUGCAAGAAUUACGUUUGGAGUCAGAAGAACUUUAUCAAGAGGCCAUACAACCCGAUAUGUCCCUAUUGCCGGUAACUCUCAAGGGUCCGGUGGCUACACCACCUAUUAAAGAUUAUGAUUCACCUGAUGGUGAAUACAUUUUACAAUCUAAACAGUGGGAUUAAUAUAAUUGAAUCUUUGCCUGUUAAAAGUGAAAUAAAGGUACUAAUUGUUAAUAUUUUUAUGUUUGGUUAUUUAGAAAAUAUUCCAAUAAAAUAGAAAAAUUUUCACAAACAA